AUGGUUCCAAAUGAAGCCAGUCAGUACAUGGGAAUCAUCCGUCUCCUUCACCAUUUUGGAUGGACAUGGAUUGGGUUCUUCAUCGUUGACAAUGACAGUGGAGAACAUUUCAUGCAGGUGUUCGAACCGCUGCUUUCCCAAAAUGGGAUCUGUUCAGCAUUCACCGCAAAAAUCCCCAAAGCAGAGUUGGAUGAUCUCCCAACCAUUAAUAGGAAAGUCUGGAAUAUUUACCUACCGAUGACUAACGUCAAGGUGAAUGCAAUGGUUGUUUAUGGAGAUACCUUGUCCAUUAUGUUGCUGAGCAAUUUUAUGCUACAAGCAACUCAUGGUAAUAGUUCAGAUGUAUUCUUUCAAAGGGUAUGGAUUAUGACUGCCCAGAUUGAUUUUGCAAUGUCCAGAAUUCAGAUGGGCUCCGAUUUGCAAGUGUUUCAAGGAGCUAUUGCUUUUGCUAUUCACUCCCAUCAACUGCCCAAGUUCCAGAAAUUUCUUCUGGCCCUAGACCCGUGUCAGACUGGAAGAAAUGAUUUUCUGAAUGUCUUCUCGGAGCAAGCUUUGGACUGUUCAUUUCAAUGUCCAAAGAUACCAACGGAGGCCACAGAAGUAUGUUCUUGGGAAGAGAGCUUGAAGAAACUUCCCAGAUCUCUGUUUGAAGUUCGCAUGACCGGUCACAGCUAUAGCAUCUACAAUGCGGUCUAUGCUAUCGCACAUUCGUUGCAUUCCAUGGAGUUAUUUAGGUCCAAACUCAGAUCCAAGAGCGGUAUGAAAAAAACCAAACUACAAAGUCUUCAGCCUUGGCAGCUCCACCCAGUUCUUCAAUCUAUUGCGUUUAACAAUUCCGCUGGAGAAACGGUGUACUUCAAUGGAAAGAAGGAGGUGGGCAGUGGAUUUGAUAUCAUAAACUUAAUCACCUUCCCAAACAACUCUUUUGCUAAAGUGCAGAUUGGAACAAUGGAUCCUGAAGGGAAAAAACUCAAUCUUGAUGACUCAAAAAUUAUGUGGCCCCAGCGUUAUAAUCAGGUACAACCAGUUUCUGUAUGUACUGAGUCUUGCCUUCCAGGUUACCAGAAGAAAAAAAGAGAGAAGGAUAAAUUCUGCUGUUAUGACUGUUCACCGUGCCCAGAAGGGAAGAUCUCAAAGUUGAAGGAUAUGAUUGAUUGUAUCGAAUGCCCAGAAGAUCAGUAUGCUACCAAGAAUAAGGAUGGAUGCAUCCCCAAAACAAUAAGCUUUCUUUCUUAUGAUGAACCUUUAGGAAUCGGUUUAAUGUCAGUGGCUGUUUCCUUUUCUUUGAUCACAGCGUUGGUGUUGGGAACAUUCAUUAAGCACCGAGAUACACCUAUUGUCAAAGCCAACAACCGAGAUCUCACCUACCUUCUCCUUGUCUCCCUUCUUGUUUGCUUCUUGUCUUCUUUGCUCUUUAUUGGACAACCAAGGAAAGCGACUUGCUUUCUCCGACAAUCUGUUUUUGGCAUUAUCUUCUCCGUCGCAGUUUCUUCUGUAUUGGCCAAGACUAUCACGGUGGUGGUAGCAUUUAUGGCCACCAAGCCAGGAUCCAAGAUGAGGACAUACAUGGGGAAAAGACUAUCCAACUCUAUUGUCAUUUCUUGCUCUCUGGUUCAAGCAGUCAUUUGUAUUGUAUGGGUGGCAACCACACCUCCAAUCCCAAAUUUAGAUAUAUACUCAGUCCCGGGGGAAAUUGUAGUAGAAUGUAAUGAAGGAACCACCAAUAUGUUUUAUCUUGUCUUGGGUUAUAUGGGUUUCCUAUCCCUUAUCAGCUUUAUGGUGGCUUUCCUUGCCAGGAAGUUGCCAGAUACUUUCAAUGAAGCCAAAUUUAUCACUUUUAGCAUGUUGGUGUUUUGCAGUGUUUGGUUGUCUUUUAUUCCAACGUAUUUGAGCACCAAAGGAAAGUAUAUGGUAGCUGUGGAGAUCUUCUCCAUCUUAGCUUCCAGUGCUGGGGUGUUGGGUUGUAUCUUUUCCCCCAAAUGCUACAUCAUUCUUCUAAAGUCUGAACUGAACACCAAGGAACAGCUGAUAAGAAGUAAAAGAUGAGAAGUCUUUUAUUACCAUAAAACAAUGACCUACCUUUGUAUACUAAAAUAGGAUUGUUUCUGAUUUUAUAUGAAACUCGUUGAUAACCCAGCAUUGCUCGGGUAUUUAUUUAUCCCAAUCCUGUAUUAGACAG